GUCCAGACUCGGGCACUGACCAGAGUGACGAUGAAGCCUUCUCCCCCAGUGAUCACCAGGACUCCAUAGACUCUCGGCGCUCCGAGCCCAACUUCGGCCGCUUCUACAACACAAGCUACCUUGGCAUGGGCAAGCCAGGGGACAGCUACCUCAAGAGAGGGGGAGCCACUGCCUCACCUCAGAGCAGCCGGCCCAAGCCUGCAGGGGGAUCACACUUCCAUAGGCCUCCCAACUUCACAUAUUCGAAGGACCCGCCCGACUUUUUGAAGAAGAAAGCUUCAGGAAUGUCAGCCCUAGCGACAACGAAGCGAGUGGUCAAGGUACGCCGCAGCUCUUCUCCUGCUGAUCUCCGGACCCAAGAGCCAAUCAGGAUGAGCAUGUUCCCCAGUGCCAAGCCCAAACUAGCCAAUGAGCUGGACAAAAUUGAGCGAGACGACUGGCCGGGUCCCGCCUCACCAGCAGCUCUGUUGCCAGAGAUUUUGAGGCAAAGGCGGAGGAGCAAAGGAGAAAAAGAUGAUGAUAAUGAUGAGGAUGAGGUUGUUGAGAACCCGAAGAUCAAACGAGAGCUGGAGGAGAUCUCUAAGAUCAAAGACGAGAGUGGCAUCGGCAGGGUCAUCUACAAAGAGCUGGAGGAACAGAAGGCCAAACCCCGGCAGCCCCUUGACCCCUGGAAGGCCUCGCGAGCUCCCAGUGCCAAGUUUGAACCUCGCUACAGGACGCGCUUCCAGUCUCCCAUGUUUGCUUCUCCCUCCCGCUUCCUGGACAGGCCGCGCUACGCCUGGGACGACAGCGACAUCAGGACCUACAGAUCUGUCUCCACACUGGCCAACCUCCCCACACCCAAGCCAGGCUAUGGCCCAUCCUACAUGACCCCGCGUGCUGCCACAUUGCCUCUUGCCGGAGCCUAUGGAGCCAGGGUAGACUUUAGAUAUUUUGACUUUGGGGAGGAUGAUGACAGACCAGAGCCAUCCACUCACACUUCGUCCUCCACUUUGACGGGAGACACCAGCUCCCGGCGGCACGACUCCUCGUACUAUGAGGGACCGUCAAUAUCGCUUCUCAAACUGCAGAAGAACACAUGGCACACUGAAGCUGAGCCCACCAUUUAUCCAUAUGAACAACUAAAAAUCACCAACUUUGAUCUGCCAAAGGAUGUCGACACAAACAAGUUAGAGAUACAUUUGGCCCAUGACGACUUUGAAAAGCUGUUCAACAUGCCAAAAGAAAGCUUCUACAGAAUGGCAGAGUGGAAAAGGAAUGACAUCAAGCGGAAGCUCCAUCUAUACUAGUGCCAACAUAGCAAUAUUCCCAGUUCUGUUGUUAGUGUUCUGGUCCCUUCACGGAGUCUCUGUUUACUUGUUCUAGGGCGAGUGGUGUUUGCAGAAAACAGUCUGUCACCUUGUUUCUGGGAUGUGAGCUCUUCCAUAGUUGUAGUUGAAGACCAACCAGUAUAAAGGAUAUAUUGUAACGCAGAAAGUGGAUGGGGUAGGAGGGAAUUUGUAGAUUUACUAUUGUUUUCUGAAAGUCCUGUCAUUUUUACAGCUGAACAUUUUUGUUUUGCUUUACUCUGGCAAAUAUCACAUACUGUGAGUAUGUAUGUACUGCUUGUAUUUGUAUACUGUGUGAUUGGUUCGUAUUGCGGAAAAUUUAUUUGAGCGGCGUCUUUUUUAAAGUGGGGGGGGGGAAGUACUGUUGAGUAAUAUUGAAGGUUGUGUAAGUAAUGCCUAUAAUUUUAGACUUAUCUCAAGCAGGUAUGUGUAUUAUGUAUGUAACUGGUCACCUUUGAAGAGUCUGUUAGUGUUGAUAGUAUAUUAUUUUUAUAUGCUUGCUGCCGCAAAUAUUUACUGAGAAUAAUACCAAUCAAUGUUAACUUAAAAGCCUUUUGAAGAGUGAAUUGUUUCAUUUUUCAACUUUGUAGCCCUUUUGCAUACAACUAGUUGACAGUGAAGUAUCUCUCAUUCCAUUUGGGAUAAGUUUUAUUUUUAAGUCAUUUUUCACCUUUUACAAGUACUUCUGUAAAGUUCACAACUGUAAACGAGAGCUCUUUACAAGUCUUGAGUUCAGAGCUCCAUUCCGUAUUUUCAGCACAAUUUGAUAUUUCGAACUUUUCUCCAACUUCCUCUGCAUAGAUUAUAUAACACCUUAGCGUGACACUGUUUUGUCCAUCUGCAGAGCGUUUUUCUGUAAAUGUUAUUGAUCUGAAGAGGACACUGUUUUAUUUUUGAAUCACGCAUGACAAAAAACAGCAAAAGCUGGAUAAUAAAAGAUUGCUGUGACUUUUGAGUUGGAAUUAGGGACUCCAUAGACAUUUUUGUUGUCUUUUGGAGGUUCGAGGGCAAAACCCCCAGAAAUCCUCCUUCCUUCUGUGUGUGAGCCAUAACAUAAGUUAGAAUAGAGUCACGUCCACUUUCUUGAUGUUCACAGUGUCUAGGCCUAUAUUGGAGCAUUACUACUUGCUUCUUGAUGUAUGAAAUAUUCAGAUGUUUUAUUGUGUAUGAAAUGCUAAGAAUGGUGCUGCUAUUUGCUGAUUUAUUAAUUGAAUUUCUGCCUUUUGUCCAGUUGUUUGACUGGAGGGGGGGGGGCUUGCUUUAUGUCGGGGCUGUUUGGCAUUUGUUGUAUCACUUGAAUUUGAAUCGCCGUCUGUAUGCUGUGGUUUCUGUUUUUGUGAGUUUCUGUUCCAUUUACAAUGUACGUCUGCUUGAAUAUUUUAGUCCAUUGUUGUCACACCCAAAUGUGUUUCAUUAGUUUUUGUUGUACUUUUAAUACAUUUUGUUACGAUAUAUUGUCUUCAGGAAGGUCUUUAUUAUUUAGGUGUAAAAACCAUGGAAUAGAGGAUCGGUUGUGUAGCCAAGUGAAAUCUUGCUUGUUUGAUCUUUUCACAGGUUGUGUCAUAUUUAAGUUUUCUCUAAUUUGCAUUUUUAUUAAGAAGCUUCUCCAAUUUAUCCUUUUUAAUGGAGAGAACAUUAGUGAGUUUUUCAAUAAAUUUUAAGAAUGUAUUUUUGGAUUGUGGAUUGUCUUGUGCUCUUUUUUAAAUUUUUAGUUCAUGUUUGAGAAAGGCUGAUUUCUGACUCAUUGAAUAUAGGUUGUUUAUAUAAAUUUUUAUCUGAUAUAUACAUAGAUAUGUUUGUUUGUGAAAAACUGUGAGAGGGUUACCAAAGGUAAAUGAAAGAGGAGGCUGAAUAAUCUUUGAGAUGUGAACUUUUGUUGACUGUAAUAGUAAUUAAUUGUAUGUGGAACUGGAAUUUUUAAAGUUGUAAAUACUAUUUUGUAAAAUUAUCUCACAAAUGGUAGACUAUUGACCACUGCAAGUGCCAAGCUAAUGAAUAUUUCUGUCAGUUAGUUGGCUGUAGGAAUAUUGCCCCCUGUAUUGUGUGCAGGUCUGCUGAAUAUUGGUGGAAGUGAUUGAAUUCUAUUUUGCCAUUUUGUCUUCUCACAUGUACGAAUAUCAUUGUUGUAUUGGGUGUGAUCUUGGACUAGAGACAAACAAAAUCAUUUUGAAAAAGUUUCUGUGGACUCACAGAAGUUCGGACAAAGAUGAAUGGAUAGAUUGGCCGGAUGUACUAUCUGUGGUAAUAUCACUGGUAUAUUAUAUAUAUAGCUAGGUUUGUGAUUUGUCAGGAGAGGCAGUUGCAGUGGUCUUAUAAGGUCAACUGCCAUCAAGAUGUGUACAUUGUGCAUACAAGAGUUAUGAGCCCUUUUGUGCUGUGACAUGAAAUAAUAAUCCUUAAUGAUGCCACUGGCUCACCCCAGUACAAGUGACAGUAUGCAAGGUGAAUUGUGACUAUUUUACCUGAUUCUGGUGAAUGUGAGAGUAUGUGGGUCUCCGUAUAAAGACCUCGCAAGCACUGCAUAACUGUCUUGUACUUGGGUUUAUAAAAAUAGCUGUACAUGAGCUUAAUGCUGUUCCCUUAUUGUUUUUGUUUGUCUUUUUAUAUAUAGUACAUAUAUUACCCAAGCAUCUAGUUCUGGUAUCGUUUUUAUUCUUGAUGGGAAUUUACCCAAAGAUUUGUCUAGUCUGCUGUACAAUAGCUGAGCUUUUAUAGGGAGCACCGAGGUGUUUGAAAGGAAAGAACGUGGGGUGAAUGAAGUCCUUGAAUGUUUGGGUCCAUCACUCUGUUUUUCCUUAUGAAUGCAUACAGUUCUCCUGACUGCUGAAUGUUAGUCAAAGUGUCUAUGGUAUUUUUUGCUAAAAUGUUGCUGAGUGUGACAAACCAUAUAACCACAUAGGAAUUAAAAGAGAUCCUUAGAGCAAAUUUAUGUUUGUACACCAUCCCACAAAUAAGCUCAGAAGAGCAGUGAUGGGAAAUACUUUUUGAGGAUUAUCAAUGAUUUUUUUCUCUUAUAACUAUUUUUGGGGAGGAUGUAAAAAAAGCAAUAAAACCAGGAUGAACAAGUCCAUUCUUGCUACUCUGGUAUUUGAUCUGAACUUUUGAUUAUAAAUGUUUCGUUGGAUGUAAAUAAGAGCACUUUUAGAGCUGUUCAAAUGUGUGUGGAUGUAAGGUUUGCCAUCCGAAAUGACUUUGCUGUUGGCUUUCUGCUAGUGCACAAUGUUUUGAUGUAUUAUGUUAAAUGGGGUACUUUUUAUUGAGUGACUUUUUUUCUGUUGCAAGAUAUUUGUGUAUAAAUGUGCUGCAGAGUUUUCAGUUUCGCUAACACUACACGAGACAUGACAUGCCACACUUCAUGUUUAAAAAAAUGAGAAAUUGAAACAUUUUCAAGAUUUUCAAUCUGAAGUUCUAUACUUAAGUUCCCAUGACCAAUCAUGGAGGUGUCGUAACAGGACAAGUGUUGCAUCAAAUUGAUAAAUUUGAUAAAUAAUCCCUCAAUUUUUAAAAGAUUUUUUUGGGUUCUGUUCACGGACACCACAGUCAUUCAGAUGAAAAGGAUAGUGGGAGACAAACCAUUGAUAAGAUGGUAACAAUUAGAACAAACUGCGUUGUUUUUAUUUCCUUUACUAGUAGGCCCUACUACUACUAGUACCUAUAGUAUUUCCAACACAAGAGAAAAAAGAGAAAGAAGUCCUGUAUCUAAGUAUACAGUAUUGCUUGUAAGAAUGAUUUGUGUGUUGUGCAAUUGUAAUGGAGUUUUUUUUCACAGGACUUUAAAUACUGUAAUGUGUAAUUAUUCUUCUUGAAAUACAGCUAUGUAUUCAUGUUUAGUUUUGAAGUGCAAUAUGUGGCUCAAUGGGGCCUUAUUUCUGUUUGUGCAGCGACUCCCAGGUGUCUGUCCUCAUCCACAUGUGACUGAGCAGCCUUUUUCCCUGUUUAUUUGUUUUUCUUUUUUUUUUUGAUGUCUUUUGAAAUACUCUAGUGUUGGCCAGGUGUCUACUAUUAGCACUUAUGAUGUAUGUGCACAGAACCACUUCUUUUCAAAAGUUUUUUUGUGGGGGUAAACCACAAUUAAUGCAUCCUUUCCAAACGUUUAAUAAAUUUUUCCAGUGAUGCUUUUUGCAGUUUGAGAAAGAAUCUUUGAGUGGAAAGUUUCUAGAAAGAGAACACUUAUGUUUCUUAAAUUUCAUUUAGGCCUUAUGCAUUCUAUUCUAUAGACCUUGCAUCCUUCUCCAGUUCUCCGAAAUUAUCCAUAUUCAUUGAUUAAAAAAGUGGGGUGAAAUAUAAAAGUUAGAAAUAAUAGAUGGAAGAUAAGCAGUCCAACAAUGCACUCAAAUGGGAAGUCUUAUUAGAUUGGACUGGGCGUGAGAGUCAUGUUGGUGUAGUAGAAAUUUGACUUGAUUAACUUUUGAUUGUUAUUUCCGAGUUGUACUUGCUACGAAUUUGUAAUGCUAAUACAUUUUUAGAGAGAAGCACCACAUGCUUCGUAAAUGGCUGUGCAGUCAGUUUGCUUCGUAUAUUAUUUCAAUUUGAAUUUAUGAAAGGUACAUAUUAUAAUAUUAAUAUAAGAACUGCAUUCUCUCGAUUUACUGUGAUGCAAGGUUAGGUAAAUGUUAAUUUGUAGUGCAAAAGGGUGUGACAAAGAUUUGAACACUGAGGAUGUGUAAGAAGAAAUCAUACCCACUUUUGGUUGACUGUAAGCUGUAAAUGUCUUGAUGAAUAUGGAAGAGUAAAACUUAUGCUGCCAUUUCAGAGUUAGUCACCAUAUUGCCCUACCGUUUUAGCAAAGCUUUAUGUAAGUUUUUUGCUAUGUUUUGAGAAAUUACUAGCACUGCCACAAACUUUGUAACACAUGGUGAAAUCCUGAAAAUGUUUAUGGUCUCUUACUGUGACUAUGAAGUUUCUAUAGUUUGUUGUGAAUGCUUCUAUUUGGCCUUUGUUUUAACUUUAACUCAUUUUAUCUGUCUCAUGUAUAACUUGUCUGCAAAAAGCCACAAUUCCCUACCCCUUUCGAAAAGCCUGUAAAAUUUCUGCUUUCCUUUUUUUUAAAUAAAGAAAAAUCACAACGGGAGAACAACUGCUUAUUUCAUGAUGUGUUACGUGUAUGCAAAGAAAUAAAACAGGUUUUUCAAUCAGGUUUUGAAA